AUGAGAAAAUCUUUGCUAAUAGCUGCCACCCUUUCCUUUGUUGGAAUUGUCUCUGCUAAUGUCUGUACCUUCAGUUGUAUUCAAGCCCAAUGCAGUUAAUACAAAGACAUUGAGACUGGCAAAUAGUGUGCCCUUGAAAAAUGCGGUUGCAAUGAAGAAAUGAUAUACUAAAUUAUUGGUGAUUACCAAGUAUGCAUGACUAAUGGAGUUGCUCAAUGCAAAACAUAGUUCACGCCAACUGAUGUUGGGUACUUUACCUGUAUAAGCGGUGUUGCUUAAAGCUGUAUGAAGACUGGAGUUGCUAACCUCAACUUGUACUCUGCUGACCUUCCAUGCUUUGACGGCACAGUUUCAGCUGAUGAGUGCGCUGACCUCUUUGCUGUUGCCCUCUUCGGAGAUGCAAAUCCAAGCGUUUUCAAAAUGACUCAAAACAGAGAACUCUUCAAGGUUCUCCUUGAAAAGAGAGCUGAUCCACUCUCUCUUGCUAGCUAUUAUAGCGGAGAUAAAUACACCGUCUAAUAUAAUCCUAAAACUAAAAGAUAUGAAACUAUUGUUGUGAAGACUAAUAAUUAUCCAACCUAUAAACCAAUAUAGCCAACCAAACCUUAAAAGAAAGUUAAUAAAGUCACUCAAGAAAUUGAUGACAUCCUUCAAAUGCUUGAUGUCAAAAUUAAAUUUAAUGAAACUGCUCUCCAAAACUUCCUAGAAGACUUCCAACAACUUCAAAUGGAGUAUGAGACUUUGAGAAAACAACAAAGAAUUGAAUCAAAGAAAUUCAUUCAAGACAAUUGCUGA